CAGGACACCUUCCACCAUGGCCACCUCAACAAGUUCCCACUUGAACAAAGGCGUCAAGCAGAUGUACAUGGCUCUGCCUCAGGGCGAUAAAGUCCAAGCCAUGUAUAUCUGGAUCGAUGGCACUGGAGAAGGGCUCCGCUGCAAAACCCGAACCCUGGACUGGGAGCCUAAGUGUGUGAAAGAGUGGAAUUUGGACGGCUCCAGCACUUUCCAGUCUGAAGGCUCCAGCAGUGACAUGUAUCUCGUCCCUGUUGUCAUGUUCCGGGACCCGUUCCGCAGGGACCCUAACAAGCUGGUGUUCUGUGAAGUCUUUAAGUACAACCGAAAGCCUGCAGAGACCAACCUGAGGCACACUUGUGAACGGAUUAUGGACAUGAUAACCAGCCAACACCCCUGGUUUGGAAUGGAGCAGGAGUAUACCCUGGGGACAAAUAGGCACCCCUUUGGUUUGCCUUCCAAUGGCUUUCCUGGACCCCAAGGUCUGUAUUAUUGCAAAAUGGGGGCAGACAAAGCCUACGGCAGGGACAUUGUGGAGGCUCACUACUGGGCCUGCUUGUAUGCUGGCAUCAAGAUUGGCGGGACGAAUGCCAAGGUCAUGCCUGCCCAGCGGGAGUUCUAGCUAGGACCCUGUGAAGGAAUCGACAUGGGGGGUCAUCUCUGGGUGGCCCGCUUCAUCCUGCACCGAGUGUGUGUGUACUUAGGAGUGAUAGCAACCUUUGAUCCUAAGCCCAUCCCUGGGAACUGGAAUGGUGCAGGCUGUCAUACCAACUUCAGCACCAAGGCCAGGCGGGAAGAGAAUGGUCUGAAUCACAUUGAGGAGUCCAUCGAGAGGCUAAGCAAGUGGCACCAAUACCACAUCCGGGCCUACGACCCCAAAGGGGGCUUGGACAACGCCCGACGCCUCACGGGAUUCCACGAAACCUCCAACAUCAACGACUUUUCCGCUGGCGUGGCCAACUGAGGCGCCAGCAUCCGCAUUCCUCGGAUGACCGGCCAGGAGAAGAAGGGCUACUUUGAAGACCGCCGCCCCUCCGCCAACUGUGACCCCUUCGCGGUGACCGAAGCCCUCAUCCGCACGUGUCUUCUUUACGAGACCGGCGAGGAGCCCUUCCAGUAUAAAAAGUAA